AUGGCGCACGCAUCCUUUGCAAUCCGUGACGAGGCGUCUCUCAACGUGCUCAUUCCGAUGGGCGGCCGCGGCGAAGUCUUCCGCGAGGCCGGCUACGUCUUUCCAAAGCCGCUCAUCAAGAUUGCAGGCCGGCCGAUGCUCUUCCACAUGCUCGACAACCUGCAGCUGCGGCUGGGCGAUGUGAUCUGGCUCGUCGUGCCGCACUCGAUGCACGGCCAGUACGAGGCCGAGUUUGCGCUGCUGCAGCGGCAGUAUCCUGCUGCCGACAUCCGCGUCGUCACCUUCAAGAUGGUGACGCGCGGGGCGGUCGAGACGCUCUUCAUCGGGCUGCAGCACAUGUCGCCGGCCGAGCUGUCGCGCAAGACCCUCUGCCUCGACUGCGACAACCUCUACUUCUCCGACGUGCUCGGCGCCUUCCGCACGCUCCCGCGCGACACGUCCGCCUGCUUCUACUUCACCGACCGGGGGACGGCGGCGAUCUACUCGUACCUGCGGCUCGAGGAGGGGAGCGGCGCGGUGCUUGAGGUGGCAGAGAAGGUCGCCAUCUCGGACCACGCCAACGCGAUGCAUUACUACGUCUCCAACCUCAUCUCGCGCAUGCUCGACCAGGGACGCCCUUUCGUCGGCACGCCCACGAGGCUCGAGGCGUUCAUCGACACGGUCGCCGCGGGGCGCGCGCUCGGCUCGAUCAAGCGGCGCUUCUGCUUCGCGCUCGACGACGUGUUGCCGCAAGGCUGCGACGCGACGUAG